AUGGGAUUUGCCUCUAAAUUUGUGAAAGAGAAACCUAUUUUUACUUCGCUUAUAUCGACAACCAAAGAUGAUCUUACCGAGGAUUCCAAACUUGGGCAGGAGGAAUGGAUUAGUCAACUGAAACAUAAAAUUGAGGCUGACCACAGUGAUGUAUCUGCCCAAUCUGUAAGAGUAUUGAAGAAGCUAAAAUAUGAGUUAGACAUUCAAAGAGUAUAUGAGAAAUCAGCUAGAUUUAUGGAUGAGCUUUAUUUGAAUACAUCUAAUAAUUUCCAAUCAGAAACAAGUGACUAUCCGCUUUAUGAAUUUUUUGAGAGGUGCUCUAAAAUUAUAGACGAAAAGUAUUCUAAAUAUUACCCAUACGCAAAUGGAAUAUCUGAUAUAAAGACCUUGGGAUAUGAGAAAAGGUUUCGUCUUAAUGAUAAGGAAAUAUCAUGUAAACUAGGAGAUGCUGGAUACCCCGAAUCUCAGUUUAAAUAUAUUAAAUGUAUGGCAUUUAUGAAAUAUUGUAUCGAACCAGGUAACGAUCGAUUGUUUGCUAUUUCAUCGCCUAAAUUGAGGCUAAUGAACAAAAGUAUAGUUGCGCUGUGUGAGGACAUGAAAAAGAUUGUUCGAAAUGUGGGGAAUAUCCAAGAUAAUUAUGAAAAGAUUACAAGGUUUUUUAAGUUUUGUAGCAUGUUACAAAGGUCAACUGAAAUGAAUAUACUUUCAUUAUUUGCAAAGGCUUAUUCACAUGUAUGUACUGAAGUGUGCGAGGAUUUGCGGAAUAUUGGAGGUUGUGAGAUAAUGUUGAAGAGAGCUCAACAAUAUUCAGAUAAGCUAGAAUCCAUUGAACAUGAAUUUAAGAUUAAACUGGAGUUUGACAUAACCAAGGUUCACAAUAAAUCUAUAUUAUACUAUGAAAAUGUAGAUCUGAUUUCCCAAUUGUUUGAGGACUUGAUUAUGGGCUACAUUGAAGCAGAUCGGGAUAUGAUCCAAAGACAAAUUACGAGCUAUGAAAAAUUGGAGUGGCCAUUUCAGCCAAUUGAGCUUGCAUUUAAAAAUGCCAUUGUUAGAAAGAUUAUGCAAGUUCCUAUACCACAUGCCAAUAGAUUGAAAGACUGGGUUUCUUAUAUUGAUAAGCUGCUAAAGUUGAAUAACAUCUUUGCAUUUCUAAAAGUUCCAAGCAUACGACUUGAGAAACAAUUUGGUUUACUACUACAAGAAAAAUGGAACAAGAUCUCAGAUAAGGAUUUGACUGGACAUUUGGCACAUUAUUUUGAUUACAAGUUGAAAAAUCUACCUAGGUAUAAAGAUAGAAACAAAUUAGAGAAUGAGCUGAAAUUCUUAACCAGUUGUAUCAAAUACCAUAUCUCUAAUUUUUCACUAUCGGAAAGAGUCAAAUUUCAAAGGCGGUAUAUAGCAAUGUAUGUUCAGCGAAUGAUAAGUACUUUGUUUGAGGCAGAUUUUAAUAUAUACAUAAAUAUCAGUGACUGCGAGAAUGAAGUUAUAGAUGCGAUGGUGAAAUAUCUAGAUAUCAAAGAAAUAUCAGAGAUACAAGAUAACUUCAUGAAAAGCUAUGACUAUUUCAAGCAGUACAAUACACUAACUGGGUCUUUCAUUAUUGGAUUGCCCAAGGAAUAUGGUGUUGAAGAUACUGAGAAAAUGGCAUUGCCACUUCACAUGGGGUUGGAGUUGAAGGAAUACAAGAGAUGGAUAAGAGACAAAUUGAGAAUAAAUAAGAAAUUCAAGCUAGAGUUAAACAAUUGGAUGUCUCGAGUUGAAAUAGAUUAUACAACGGAUACCGGUGGUACUGCUAGGAUAGACUGUAAUCUAUAUCAGGGGAUGAUUUUGAGAUUGUUUGAUGAGGAAAGAGAUGAAGAACUAGCAGCGGAUGCAAUCAGUGAGAAGUUAAAUAUAAUUGACGGGAAUGUAACCUUAAAGAAUUUGAGAAUGUUAAGUGAUGAGAAAGCUCCGAUCUUAAAAGAAACGGGAGGCAAAUGGAGUAUUAAUAAGGAGUUUGCAGUUACUGAGAAGCAAAAAACGAAUGGUAUAUAUAUUCGAUGA